AUGGCGACAAUCGAACGGUUCAACACGGAGGACGAGCGACAGUACUACGAAACCGCGGGCCGGGUCCAGGUCAAGCCGGGCUGGCUGCAGGGCGAGGGCCAGCCGAUGCCGGAAAUGGAGCCCUACCUGUGGCGCUGGGCCGAGGUCGAGCCGCUGGUGAUGAAGAGCGGCGAGUUGGUGACGCCGGACCGGGACGUGGAGCGGCGUACCCUGCGACUGGCAACGCCCGGGCUGGACCGGGGGACGACCCACACCAUCACGGCCGCCCUGCAACUGUUGCUGCCCGGCGAAAACGCGCCGGCGCACCGGCAUACGCCCACGGCGAUCCGAUGGGUGCUGAAGGGCACGGGCGCCUACACCACGGUGGAAGGCGACAAGUGCUACAUGGAGCCGGGCGACCUGGUGCUGACGCCGUCGUGGACGUGGCACGACCACAACAACGAGGGCGAAGAGCCGAUGGUCUGGCUGGACGGACUGGACGUGCCGCUGGUGCGGUAUCUGCGGGCCAACUUCUACGAGGCCUACCCCGAGGAUCAGCAGCCCAUCGUCGGCGUGGCCGAGUCGGAGCGCAAGUUCGCGUCCGGCGCGCUGCGGCCGGCGUGGGAGGAACCGAGCGCGCCCUACUCGGCGCUGUGGCACUACAAAUGGGACAAGACCCACGAGGCGCUGCACCAGCUGGCCGAGGUGGACGCCAGCCCCUUCGACGACGUGGCGAUGGAGUUCAGCGACCCGAUGACCGGCGGACCGGUGCUGCGGACGAUGACCUGCUGGGCGCAGAUGAUCCGGCCGGGCAUCGCCACGCGAGCGCAUCGCCAGACCAGUUGCGCGGUGUACCAGGUGUACAAGGGCGAGGGCCACAGCGUCAUCGACGGCAAGCGGUUCGAUUGGACCGAGGGCGACUUCUUCGUGGUGCCGCCGUGGGUGUGGCACGAGCACGCCAACAACUCGGGCGACGAGGCCAUCCUGUUCUCCAUCCAGGACAUACCGAUCAUGAAGCAGAUGGCGUUGUACCGCGAGGAGCCCUACGAGGCGAACGCCGGCCACCAGCCGGUGACCGGGCACUUCAAGGGGUAG